CGAGCAAUUUCUUGGUUUAUCUGCUAAUUCUUCUUCGGCUUCCUCGUCCGCUAUGGCACACUGGUUCCCGUUCCCAUUCAACGAAUUAGCAGGCGCGCAGAAAGCCUUAUUAGAACUUGAAGCACAGGAUGACGCUCGGGCUGACUUGCCCGUCCCUAACCCUACCAAGUCGUUCUGGUUAGAUUCUACCCCCGGUGUCAACCCCCUAGCCAAAGAGGGGAGCGAAGGGGCCUUGACGACUGAUGCAGAUGUCUGUAUCGUCGGGUCUGGGAUCACCGGCGUUUCCACAGCCUAUCAUCUCUCGAGAUUGCUGCAGGGUAGCACAAAUGGACCCUUGAGAGUCGUUAUCUUGGAGGCAAGAGACUUCUGCUCCGGUGCGACCGGUAGGAACGGUGGCCACCUGACUUCUCGAGCCUUUGUAGAGUUUUCCGACUUCGAAAAAUUGUACGGGCGGGAAGAGGCUAUCAAAUCGAUCGCUAUCGAGGACUACACCGUUCGUCGUCUUGUUGAAUUAAUCAAGGCGGACGAUGUAGCGAACGAUGUCGACCUCAUCAGUAGCGAGCACGUACACCUGGCCUUCACGAACGAGGAGCUAGCAUAUGGCAAAGCCGACUUCGCUGCUGCCAAGGCUGCAGGCUUGAACCUAGACCACGUCCAAUGGAUGGACGCAGAAGAAAUGCAAGCGAAGUAUGGGGCGGCAUACCCCGGUGUCAAGUGGCCAGGCAAUAAUGUAUGGCCCCUGAAGCUGGUCACGCACUUAUUCCAGUCGUCGCAGAAGGAUGAGAGCAAGCUAUCCAUGAACCUGCACACGCAUACGCCUGUCACGGCGGUGUCAGCACGGAGUCCCGAGUCCAGCGACCCAUUUGCCCGACGCUGGAGCGUCAGGACAGCGCGAGGUACGAUAUCCUGCGGAUAUGUCGUCCAUGCAACGAAUGCCUAUGCAUCGUACCUCCUGCCGCAUCUGCACGGGCCGCGCGGAAUCAUCCCUGCGCGAGGCCAGAUCAUAGCUGUGCGAGCCGAUGUAUCUGCUGAGGAAUUGACGAAGACGUCGUAUGGCGGCAACCAAGGUUUUGAGUACUGGUUCCCAAUGCCCGCGAAGUUGUCCGAGGGCAAGACGGACCAGCCCCUGGUCAUCAUGGGUGGAGGGAGAGAAGCAACUGGGCCGCGAUAUGAGACGUACACAACGGACGAUUCUACUCUGAAUCCGGUUGUCGGGAAGGGUCUUCGAGAAUUCUUGCCUCACGUCUUUCCUACCAAGUAUGCGAAGGGACGGGAACCUGAGAUGGAAUGGAGCGGCAUAAUGGGGUUUACAGCCAUAGGGGACCCAUUCGUCGGACCAAUUGGCGAAAGGUUCGAGGGGCAGUACAUCUCCGCAGGCUACAGUGGUCAUGGAAUGCCGAGAGCCUUCUCGUGCGCUGAAGUUGUCGCACAGAUGAUAGUCGCCAGUCUAUUAGGAAGUGAAUGGGCGCCACCUGAAUGGUUGCCCAAGAGAUAUUUGACUUGGGAGAAACGGUAGACAAGAUUGGCGACCCUCGGGGUGAAAGCUCAAUAACAGAAAAUCCAUGUGCUGUCGAGAGGCGCUUGAUGACCCGCUACCUGGAUCUGGAAUAUCACUGAUGAGCUUGGAUGGCUCCCGAAUGAUGACUGCAUACCACAUGUGCGUUGGCCGUUCAUGCGCCAUAGCACCAGCGGCG